UCAAAUUAUUGUGCACAUUUUUUCAAAACAAGUUGGUAAACAAAAUUUUUAAGUACAGAGAACAAUUGGUCAGAUAUGUCGCAGGCGCAUUAUUCCGACGAGGAGGACCUGCCCAAGCUGGAGUCCAUAAGCAAUGCCCUCAAGUGCGAGCAAACGGGUCACAUUAUGGAGGCGAUACUGCUCUACGAGGAAAGCAUCUUCAAGCUGAAUCAGCUGUCCAACUCAGACCCCAAAAAGCAGCAUCUGUGCGUCAAAUAUCUGAAGCUGUACGAGGCGCGCGCCAAGCAGUUGCGGGAUCAGGUCAGGGGUCAUCUGCAUGCCAGCAAAAUGCUGGAGCAUAUCGUCGUUGAGCGGGACGCACGUGGACGAAGCUAUCAGCGUCUGCUCGGUGCUUAUCUGAAUGACAGUGUCAAGGAGGCGCACCUGAACGAGCCGCAUCUCAGCGAGCAGCAUCAGUUCAAGAACCUGCUUAACUUCUUCGAGGUGCUGGUCAAGAAUUGUCGCUACCUGAAGUACAUACGACUGACGACGCGGCCGGAUACGGCGCUGCCCAAGAAUCAGCUGCACGUACUCCAGCAGAUUCGCGCCGAUCUGGCAACGGGCAACAUUCACAUGAACUUCCAGCUGGACGAAACGCUGCACGAUCGCAAGAUCGUGCUCAGUUCGGGCGUUGUCAUCAAGAUUGGACGCGGCUUGCACUACUUUGAGCCCACCGAGCACAUGUACACGCUGGGCCUGUGCGACUACGACUUUCGCAAGUGCCUGGCCACCGAGGUCGACGUCUGGAAGUGUCGCGCCUUUUCCAAGCCACUCAAGGAACCAACAGAGCGACCCGCCUACAAACAGCCGCCCAAGGAUCCUGAGAAUCAUGCUCAAGGCCUUCCCAACGUCUACUCAAGCGAUUAAUGUGCGCCCUUACGAAAUUUGGCAUACAAAAUAGAGAUAAAACAUUUUGGUCAUAAAACGAAUUGUGGUAAUAGGCAUGAAAUAUACAUACAAAUAUAACC